AAACAGCGACAGCAAAGCCCGUCUCUUUUCGCUGCCGCCCUACAACAAACAUACAAAUCCGCGCUUGAUCGCCAACUUUGCAUCACCCCAACAACACUACGCACACUCGCGUUCUUGCACCUGCCGCCGCAAUCAUGUCUGGCAAGCUCGACCAGUCUCUCGACGAGAUUCUCUCCAACCAGCGGCGCAACCAGCAGGGCCGUCGCCGCUCCCAGCGUCGCGCUGCUGGCGCCACUCGGUCCGCCACCACUGCCCCGGCUGGCGGCAUCCAGAAGAGCUCAAAGGCUGCGCGCACUGCGGCCAAGCCUACCCCCGCGAAAGGCGCUGGUCUGACUGGCGAGAGCAAGAUCAUGGUCAGCAACUUGCCCAAGGAUGUUUCCGAAGGCCAGAUCAAGGACUACUUCCAGCAGACAGUCGGUCAGGUCAAGAAGGUCGAACUUUCCUACGGACCCGGUGGCGUUAGCCGUGGCAUUGCUCAUGUCACAUUCCACCAUGCCGAUGGCGCCAGCAAGGCUUUCAGCACCCUCAACGGUCUUCUGAUUGACAACAAGCCUGUCAAGGUCGAAGUUGUUGUCUCUUCCGCAGAAUUGAUCCCCCAGCCCAAGCCACUCGCUCAGCGCAUCGCGGCGCCCAAGGCUCAGCCCAAGUCCGCCGCUGCCGUGAAGCAGAACGGUACCGGCGCCAAGGGCAGUGCUGCGGCUGGCAAGUCGACCAAGAAGACGGGCCGGCGCGGCCGCAGCAACCGGCCGGUUAAGAAGACGGCGGAGGAGCUGGACUCGGAGAUGGCCGAUUACUUUGAGAGCGCCAACACCGAGAACAACGCCGGCGGCGCUGCCCCCGCGGCUGCUGCCGGUGGCGAUGCUCCGAUGGAGGAGGAUGUUCUUUAAUUUUGCUCCAGACAGCAUUGGCAAGAGACGACGGGGAGCCUUUGUGGCAGCGGUGUUUUUCGGGGGCAUAUCGAUGUACGAAACGAGGCUUGGUCGAUUUGGCAUUUGCGGGACGGGUUGGGCACGGCUUUGAUUUGGGCAGUUAGCAUUUCUUAGGCACAGAUUGGCACCCUCUCCGUAGUUUUGUCGGGGAUACUGUAUAAUCCUGGUCUCUAGCGAUCUCUGUGCGCCAACAUGGGUCAAUAUGGGUUGCCGUAUUUUCUUUGCAUGCUUCUCAAGGCACUGCGACUCCCGAUAGCAUGUAAUUUUCAAGGCAGCGGCCAAGAACUCUGACGGCUGAUCAGAUGGCACGAGCCGAUUCUAUGGGAAGAGGUGCC